GGGAAGUACGUCACUAGGGGAGGUACAAAAACAGGAGUGUAUCUGUGCAUGUGUUUUCGAGUUGUUUUCUAUUAUUAAACCAAAGAAAGAUUAAUCGUCUGUCUCCUUCAUUGACAUGGUGUCAGAAGUGGCCACGUAGAAAGAGAACUACCAGCCAGGAAAGUAAAAGAAAAUGCCACUUUUCAAACCGCCGGACAACUUUACAUUCGACAAGCCGGGAGAAUGGCCGACAUGGCGGCAGCGUUUUGUGAGAUACAGAACGGCUGCCAAGCUCACAGAAGAGGACGGGACCGUCCAAGUGAGUACUUUGAUUUACGCGAUGGGAAUCGAGGCAGAAAAUAUUUACAAAUCAUUCGUUUUCAAUGAGAGAGAGAAGGAAGAUGAUUUCGAAACGGUUUUGAAAAAGUACGAUGACUAUUUUGUGCCGCAGACCAAUGUCAUACACGAGAGGGCGCAGUUUCACCAGCGAACCCAAAGACCUGGGGAAAAAGCUGAGACAUUUAUUCGUUCACUGUACGAGUUGUCAGAAAACUGUGACUUUGGUGCUAACAGACAUGAGAACAUCAGAGACAGAUUAGUUGUAGGAAUUAGAGACAAGGAUCUGUCAAAAAGAUUACAACUAACUAAAGAUCUCACUUUGGAUGUUGCAGUACAAAUGGUAAGACAAGCUGAAGAAGUUACUCACCAGGUCAGCCAGCAGGGGGAUCCAACGUGCAGCAUUCAAGAGAUCAGGAGACCUAAACAGCGUACAGGCUUCAGGUCUGAAUACAGCAGAGAGCGCCAAACUGGAAAAACAAAAAAUGGUGAUGACAAAUGCAGUCGAUGUGGCAAGACAAAACAUAAAGACAGAGAGAGAUGUCCAGCCUUAGGGGCAGAAUGCAGGAGAUGUCACAAGAAAGGUCAUUGGGAACGCAUGUGCAAAACUAAAUUAGUCCAUGAGGUCAUGAGGGAGGAAAGACAAUCUGACUCAUUUUACCUAGGAUCUGUACAGCAGAUGGGGAAAAACACAGAGACAUGGACAGUCAAUCUGACAAUUGGAAAUACACCAGUAGUAUUUAAGAUAGAUACUGGGGCAGAUGUGACAAUAAUAAGUGAACAGACAUUCCAAAAUCUACAAAAGAAACAAGAAUUGUGCAAAGCAAAAGUCACACUUAACAGCCCAGGAGGCCAGCUAACAUGCAUGGGUCAAUUCAAAAGUCACAUAAAGUAUAAAAAGAAACACUAUGAGCUGACCAUAUAUGUUGUGAAGGGUCCAACAGUAAAUAAUCUUCUCAGUGGAAAGGCAGCUAAAGAAAUGGGCCUGAUUAAACGAAUAGAAGAGGUCAGUGCAUCUAUUAGGGACCACGGAAAGCUAAACACUGAACCAGUUAAGAUUCUACUCAGAGAAGGAGCAGAACCGUAUGCGGUUAAUACUGCCCGUAGAGUUCCCUUGCCGAUGCUUCAGAAAGUAAAAGAAGAACUAGAAAGGAUGGAAGCAAGUGGAGUGAUUGAGAGAGUCACCCAACCAACAGAUUGGUGCGCGCCUAUGGUGCCAGUAAUCAAACCCAACGGACAGGUUCGUAUAUGUGUAGACCUGAAAAGGCUGAAUCGAAACAUCAAAAGAGAACGAUUCAUGCUGCCAACAACAGAUGAAAUUCUUGCAAAAUUAGCAGGUGCAAAAGUGUUCACAUCGCUAGAUGCUGCAAGUGGGUUUUGGCAAAUACCGCUGCAUCCAGAGAGCAGCCGGUUAACAACUUUCAUCACGCCAUUUGCCAGAUAUUGUUUUAAAAGACUUCCUUUUGGCAUCAGCAUAGCACCUGAGAUUUUUCAGCGGAAAAUGCAAGAGCUAUUGUCAGGCCUGGAAGGAGUGCAAGUGUAUAUGGAUGAUGUCAUCGUGUAUGGAGCAUCCAUGCAAGAACAUGACAUGCGACUGAAGCGGGUAAUGGAAACAGUGGAACUCGCUGGCCUGAGGUUAAACGAAGACAAAUGUAAGAUCCGACAAAGCGAGCUGUGUUUCCUGGGUCAGGUAGUCGACGAAAAUGGAGUCCGAGCAGACCCAGGGAAAGUCAAAGCUAUCGCAGAACUCAAAGCCCCAAAGAAUGUACAUGAGCUGAAGAGAGUGCUAGGGAUGAUUAACUACAUGGGAAAAUAUAUAUCCCACUUGGCAACACUGGGAGGCCCACUAUACGAACUCUUAAGAACGGAAACAGCGUGGACUUGGGAUUCAGUACACGAGCGAGCAUUCCAACAACUGAAAGAAGCUCUCAUGACUUCGCCGGUACUGUCGUUUUAUAAUGUAGAGAAGCCAACAAUUGUAUCUGCCGAUGCAAGCAGUUAUGGCUUGGGAGGAGUGUUACUCCAACAACACGGAGACUGCUGGAAUCCUGUUGCAUACUGCUCACGAACCCUCACAAAGGCUGAAGGUCAUUACGCACAGAUUGAGAAAGAGUGUCUUGCAGGAGUCUGGGCGUGUGAACAUUUCAGCAAAUAUCUAAGUGGAAUGGAGCACUUUAAACUUAUUACAGACCACAAGCCGCUGGUUUCUCUAAUAAACUGUAAAGAUUUGGACAAUGUUCCAAUCAGAUGCCAAAGACUUCUACUCAGACUAAUGAGAUUCAAUGUGACAGCUGAGUAUGCUCCAGGUAAAACACUCGUGGUAGCAGACACCUUAUCGCGAAGUCCGCAGAGCAGCACUGGGGACAGCAGCACCACCGAGAUGGAUGUCAGCUGCUAUGUCAAUGCAAUCAUUGAAAGCCUGCCCACUUCAGAGGGUAAAAUAAAAGAAAUUCGUGAAGCAACGCAACAAGAUCAGAAAUUGCAGAGAGUGAAGCACUUAAUUAAAAGUGGAUGGCCGGAGCAUGCUCGAGAGAUACAUCCUUCGGUAAAAGACUUUCAUGCAUUCAAGAGUGAAUUGUCAGAGACAGAUGGCUUGCUUACUAGAGGAAACCGUAUCAUCAUACCAGAGUCUCUUCGGGGAGAAAUUAUUGAACGAAUACAUGAAGGACACUUGGGCUUGACCAAAUGUAGAGAGAGAGCACAGACAUCCGUAUGGUGGCCAGGACUAUCCUCUGAACUAAAACAGAAAAUUGAAAAGUGUGAAUUUUGCUGCCAAUACAGGAAAACACAGAGAAAAGAACCGCUGAGCCCAACUCCCUUACCGGAUAGACCAUGGCAGCGUCUGGGGGUAGAUUUGUGUGAGUACAAAGGAAAAAACUACAUUGUACUCUCUGACUAUUAUUCCAGAUUCUUGGAAAUACUAUACUUAACGAACACCACAGCUGAGCAAGUUGUCAUCAAGCUCAAAGCAACAUUUGCACGAUUCGGCAUCCCAGAAGUACUCGUUUCAGAUAAUGGCCCUCAAUUCACGAGUGAAACAUUCCAGUCAUUUAGCCGUGAGUUUGACUUCAGACAUGUAACGUCAAGCCCACAUCACCCCUCCAGCAAUGGACAUGCAGAACGUGCAGUCCAGUCAGCAAAAGCCAUCCUACGGCAAAAAGACCCAGUAUUGGCUUUGUUAAGCUACAGAACGACCCCACAUGCUUCAACUGGAGUGAGCCCGGCAGAGCUUUUGAUGGGACGGAGACUCAGAAAUACAUUACCAACUCUGGACAGCAACCUCAGUCCGAAGUGGCCGGAUCUGAGACUUAUACGGAGACGAGAUGCUGAAGCUAAGCUACAACAUGCAUUUUAUUUUAAUAGAAGACAUGGAGUGAGGAACUUACCUCCGCUGAGGCCAGGGGACUCGGUCCUUGUUAAGCUGGAUGAGGAAAAACAGUGGAGGACUCCAGCGACAGUAAUGAGACCAAGUGCAACUGAGCGCUCCUACAUGAUCAGUAGCCCAGAAGGGGGAAUGAAAAGGCGAAAUCGCCGUCACUUACAACUUAGUCCCUCUGAGUGCAGUGCUAAUGCUGAGACAAUAGGGCACUCAGAAACAAAGGGUGAUGAGGACUCCCUUCGAACAAAUGACUCACGGCCUACACAGAUUAGUGAAGGAUGGACGGUAACAAGGUCUGGUAGAUUGAGUAAACCGGUUGAGAAACUUAAUUUGUAAUACAUUAUGUCCUACAAGUAUGGUGGAAUUUGGUUAACAGACUGUUCAAUGUCAAGUUUCUUCUAUAAAAUCCAAGGUUAUGGCAGUUCUUAAAAGGGGGAGAUGUCAGAAGAUGGUGUAUGUCUUUAAGGGAAGUACGUCACUAGGGGAGGUACAAAAACAGGAGUGUAUCUGUGCAUGUGUUUUCGAGUUGUUUUCUAUUAUUAAACCAAAGAAAGAUUAAUCGUCUGUCUCCUUCA